CCUGCCGUUUCAGCCUCCUUCCUCCCCACGUAACGCAGCGCCGCCGCCGUGCCCGUGCCGGCGGCGUUUGCUUGCUCUGCUCUCCAUGCAAUUAGGCAGAUAUCACUGAGCUCCUCCCCGCCCGUGUUCGCGCCUGCAAUGCCAUCCUCGCCGUCCCCGCCCACUCGCUGCUUCUAUGCUCCACGCCGCACGGAGGCGGACACCGCCGCUCCCUGCCAGGCUCGCCGCCGCCUUCUUCGCCGCCAAGCCCCAGCCACAGCCCCAGCCGCCCACCCUGUCUCCGCAGAUCGUCGAGGCUGCCGUCUCCCGCUGCCCCUCCGACGCCCUCGCGCUCUCCCUCUUCCUCUGGUGCGCCCGCCGCCCCGCCUACUUCCACCCGCCCUCGUCCUUCGACCGCGUCCUCCCCGCCGCCACGCGCCUCGCCUCCCGCCUCGGCACCGCCCCGGCGCUCCUCCGCGAGCUCCAGAGCCUUGGCUGCCCCAUCAGGCCCCACACCUUCCUGCUCCUGCUCAGGCUCUACUGGCGCGGGGGCCUGUACCCGCUCGUGCUCCACCUGUUCGACGAAAUGCCCCGCUGGGGUUUCCACCACAACGCCUUCGCGCGCAAUGUCGUCCUCGACGUCCUGCUCAGGACCGGCUCCGUCGACGACGCGCUGCGCUUCGUGCAGGGCAACCCGUCGCCCAACUACCUCACCUAUGCCAUUGUCCUGACUCAUCUCUCCAGAGCCGGGGAUUGGUCAGGGAUGCGCGUCUGUUUCACAGCUAUGCUGAGCCAAGGUUUUCUCCCCAGCACCACUUCGCUCGCCUCGGUGUUUGCCUGUUGCAGUAAGGCCGGUACCAUGCCCGAGCUACUGCAGUUGCUGUCGUAUGCGCUUGUCUCGGGCCAGCAGCUCACUGCGGCCAUGUGGACGUGUCUCAUCGCUCGUAUGUGCAGUGAGGGAAGGCUAGACGAGGCCUGUAAAACUCUGGGAAAUAUGGUGCGUUCUGGCUCUUCACCAACAGUGGUGACUUACACACCGCUUGUCAGAGGUCUCUUCCGAGCUGGGAGGCAUGACAUUGCCAGUGAGCUCUUGGGAUCCAUGGCAUCCAACGGUUGCACCCCAGACCUUGUUAUGUAUAAUGUUCUGAUGGACUGCAUGAUGAGGGAGAGGAGGUACGAUGAGGCCAUAGACAUCUACCUACAUCUUCAUGGGAGCCAGAUAAAGCCGGAUGCAUACACUUUGUCUACUUUGGUUCAGGUAUUGCAGUUGUCACGGAACAUAGAUCUUCUCCCUAGGUUAAUCCUGGGCUCGGAUAUCUCUUAUGAUCUUGUGGCUUGCAAUUCUAUGCUGAGUGCUCUGUGCAAGUCCGGGUUUCCAUCCGAAGCCCUUCAGUUCUACAUCGAUAUGAUUGGUUUGGGCAUCAGGCCAGACAGCUACAGUUAUGUUGGAUUGUUGGAUAGUUUGUGUCACUUGGGAAGGAUAGAUCAUGCAGUCAACCUCUACCGCAGUGUUGUCACAAGCAAUCCUGAUUCAGACGCCUACGUCCAUGCAGCCAUCCUCCGUGGCCUUGUUAGAAGGGGCCAGAACAUAAUGGCAUUUAGGAUUCUCAGGGAGGCUGUGCGUCAAAAUUAUGCACUUGAUACCGUGUGCUACACCAUUGUUCUGCAUGGUCUAUUCCGAGGUCAUUUUGUUCAAGAGGCUCGUGAUUUGUUUGACAAGAUGAAGGAUUCAGGAGUUGCUUCCAACACUUGUACAUACAAUGUAAUGCUUCGUGGACUGUGUAGAGCCAGGGAUAUGCUUGCAGUCACGCAGUUACUAACAGAAAUGGAAGGCGCCAAUGUUCAGAUGGAUAGUAUCUCAUUCAACGUGGUAGUUGUGCUCUUAGUGAAAUUGCAGCACAUUAGUUCGGCAACAGCUUUGAUCAGAGAAAUGCUCAAUCUAGGCAUGAAACUAAGCACCAAAACUUGCUGGUUACUUUCUCAAUCAAUUGGUCAUAGAUUCGUUUUGGAGGAUUCCAUCAGUGCUGAAAGUGAUGGGUCUGACUCAACAUGCGAUCUGCUUGUAUGCUCAGCUUCAUAGUCUACUUUUAGACGGAACAAGCAUGCUGUUUCUGGUAUCUCCACUUUGUGAUGUAAUUGAUACAAAAUAUAAACUACUAAAGGCUGGAGAAAUUCUAAAUGAAUUUCUACCGCAAGAUCCUUGCUAUAACAUUUUCCCCUUGAAGCGCCCAACAAAAAUUACCAUAAAUAUUGAAGAGAUGUUUACCUCGUAGGCACAUACCUUUUGAAUAUCAUCCCACCAUUAUUUUGAUAAAUUUUAAAAUGUAUCCGUAACUUUGGGUUCUACUCAGAUGCAGGUUGGUGAGACAUGUGCAGUUUGAUUUAACACCGAGAAUGAGGCAGUGUGCUCUUGGCAAUAUUGAAUCUUUCCAUGACACGAUGCUGAUGUACUCUAUUUCAAGAGGCUUACACCUAAAUGAUUUUGCAAUGCCGCUCAUAAACUAGAUUUGAAAGAAAUUGCAGGUAACAGUAAUGGCACAUGUUUUUAAGGAAAAAAGAUGGCACCUGUAAGGACUGAUGACAGCAGCUGGAAUCUGGAGCUUGCGGGUGAGUGGCCGCCAUGGUUUAGACAUGAGCUCCUUGGGGUGCCCUGGUACUCCAUUUCUGCCAUCGUCGUCCACAUUGUCGUCUGGCCAAAUGGCAUUACCAUAGCCAUAUGUCCCCUUGGUCUCAAAGAGCCAGCGGUUAUGGUCAAACUCACCGGACUGGUUGUUCAUAGUGCCCUGCUUCACCAACGAAAGACGCCUCUCCAUCUUGCCCCCUGGCCCAUGUGGCAGCGACAGAGCCCGUGUCAGCUCAUUGCUGGAGUUGGAGAGAACUUCUUCCCACUCGGUGUGCUUGUAAAGCUCUUUGCACCCGGGGCAGACACCGCCG